UGAGGCGAAGCAGCCGCCGCCGCCGCCGCCGCCGCCUCAGCAGAGAAGGCGCUGAAUCCCCCGUCGCCUCGCCUGGCUGGGAGGCGGAGCGAGCAGGAGGCCCCGAGCGAAGCAGCAGGCCGGCCCGAGCCCGGGAGCAGCGCCGGCGGGAGGCGGGCGAAGAGGCAGGCGUCGCCGCCGCCGGCGGCCUCCCUCUCUCUUCAUCCACCCCUCCUCCGCCCGCCCGUCCCUCGCUCGGCACAGGCAAGAUGGCGGCCGUGGAGCUGGAGUGGGUGCCCGAGACGCUCUACAACACCGCCAUCUCGGCCGUGGUCGACAGCUACGGCCGGGCGCGCCGCAGGGACAUCCGCUCCUUGCCCGAGAACAUCCAGUUCGACGUCUAUUACAAGCUUUACCAACAAGGCCGACUAUGCCAGCUGGGUAGUGAAUUCUGCGAACUGGAAGUUUUUGCAAAGGUGCUUCGAGCUUUAGAUAAAAGACAUCUACUUCAUCACUGUUUUCAGGCAUUGAUGGACCAUGGAGUAAAGGUGGCAUCCGUGUUGGCCUAUUCGUUCAGCAGGAGGUGUUCCUACAUAGCAGAGUCAGAUGCUACUGUAAAAGAAAAAGCUAUCCAGAUUGGAUUUGUCUUAGGAGGCUUCCUCUCGGACGCCGGCUGGUACAGCGAUGCUGAGAAGGUCUUCCUCUCCUGCCUUCAGUUAUGCACACUUCACGACGAGAUGCUCCACUGGUUUCGUGCAGUGGAGUGCUGCGUGAGGUUGCUGCACGUCCGGAAUGGCAACUGUAAAUACCACCUGGGAGAAGAAACGUUCAAAUUAGCGCAGUCUUACAUGGACAAGCUAGCAAAGCACGGCCAGCAAGCCAACAAAGCUGCUCUAUAUGGGGAGCUGUGUGCCCUGCUCUUUGCAAAGAGCCAUUACGAUGAGGCUUACAAAUGGUGCAUAGAAGCCAUGAAGGAGAUCUCAGUUGGAUUGCCAGUAAAAGUAGUUGUGGACGUUUUACGGCAAGCUUCUAAGGCUUGUGUUGUAAAACGUGAAUUUAAGAAGGCCGAACAGUUAAUAAAACAUGCGGUGUAUCUUGCACGGGAGCACUUUGGAGCCAAACACCCAAAAUAUUCAGACACACUACUAGACUAUGGGUUUUACUUACUCAACGUAGACAAUAUAUGCCAGUCGGUUGCAAUUUAUCAGACCGCGCUAGACAUCAGACAGUCAGUAUUUGGGGGCAAAAACAUCCAUGUCGCGACAGCUCACGAAGACCUGGCUUACUCUUCCUACGUUCACCAGUACAGUUCUGGGAAGUUUGACAAUGCGCUAUUCCAUGCGGAGCGUGCGAUUGGCAUCAUAACCCACAUUCUCCCAGAAGACCAUCUUCUCCUUGCCUCCUCCAAAAGAGUUAAAGCACUGAUCUUGGAGGAGAUUGCCAUUGACUGUCACAAUAAGGAGACAGAACAAAGGCUACUCCAGGAAGCCCACGACUUACACCUGUCUUCGCUCCAGCUUGCCAAGAAAGCCUUUGGGGAGUUCAACGUCCAGACGGCAAAACACUAUGGUAACCUUGGCAGGCUUUACCAGUCCAUGAGGAAAUUUAAGGAAGCGGAAGAGAUGCACAUCAAAGCAAUCCAGAUCAAGGAGCAGCUUCUCGGCCAAGAAGAUUACGAAGUUGCUCUUUCCGUGGGACACCUUGCCUCGCUCUACAACUACGACAUGAAUCAGUACGAAAACGCCGAAAAGCUUUAUUUGAGAUCCAUAGCAAUUGGGAAGAAGCUUUUUGGGGAAGGUUACAGUGGACUAGAAUAUGACUACAGGGGCCUCAUUAAACUGUACAAUUCCAUUGGCAAUUACGAGAAGGUAUUUGAGUACCACAACAUUUUGGCCAACUGGAACCGGUUGCGGGAUCGGCAGUUUUCAGUGACAGACGCCCUCGAGGACGUGAGCACCAGCCUGCAAUCCACUGAAGAAGUUGUCCAGUCUUUCCUGAUGUCUCAGACCGCCGAAGGACAGAUUUGCUAAGGACCUUGGUCAAUUUUACCAACGACUAUUUUUUCCCCCCUUCUUCUGUUCCCACCUCCCCAAAUUUACAUGGGAAAAGUCAUACUGUGAAAUUUGAAACCAUGUAGUUUUUUGUGUGUGUUUUUUUCUCUCUCUCUCUGAGGGGGCUGCAAUUGCAUUGAAACACUGGUCCAGUCCAUUAGAAAUCCCCUGUUUUCUCGGGGAGGGGAGGAAUCUCAGCUUUGAAUGGAGUGACCAUAACAGACGAAUGUGUGCUAAAAUUCUUACCAGCAUGAGUACGGCAUGUUUUGUUUUGGCUCACGUUUUCAACUUGAGAGAGAGAGAGAAAGAGAUACAUAUACAUAUAUAUAAAUAUAUAUAUAAAGGAAGAAAAAAACAACCCCAUAAACACCCCUAACGAUGUUCUCUUAUUUUUUAUUUUUUGUCCAAGCGAAGCUACUUUACACGAAAUCUCUGCGAGAAUGGAAAGAGAGCAAUAAAGCCAUUAAACCAUUCUGAGAGUUGCAUUAUUAAUUGGUGGAUAAGGAGGGUGCCCACUGACCAGUGCUUGUGACAAGUUUGAAGUCCUAUAUGACCAUAUGAUUAUUCUUGUUAUACAGUGUAAAAACAAGGAAAAAACUUAUUCGAUACGGAUUGUUGAAAAAAGUAACCACAGAUAUUCAUACACACACGAAAAAAAGAAAAGGGGUGGGGGAAAUCUUCGCUUCUUGCCUUCUGCUGCCUUACGAAGAGACAUGGCGAAGAAUUUCCUCCUGAGAAGUGAUGCUUGGUUGCUCGGCCUCCGUCUGAACCACCGUUUGCACUUUCAAAGAGCACCCGAAAUGGGCCAGUGUUCACCUGAAAGUGGUAACCACUGGCAGAAUAUGUUAGUCUCUCAGCUUUCUUGCUUUAUUUUAUUUUGUUUUUGUUUUCCGUACAGGGCAAAAGAGUUUUCUGUAAUAGGACCGGGAGAUUUCAAGCGGACCAGCCCGUCCUUAGGAAAAGAGUCUCGGACCAAUGGCUUUCAAGUCACAAUUUCUGCCCUUUUGCAUUUGCUUUUUUAAACUCGGUAGGAUUCUUUCACGAAGGGGUGUAUUUUCAAGUGAUGGAGACUUUAUAUACAUACAUGUACUAGAUAACAAAGCUAGGAGCUUCAACGUUCUUCGGCGGUUUCAAAGGCAUGUCUUUUUAAAAUACUAAGUUUACAGAGGUAAACUAGAUGUUUAGCACCGUAAGCAAAGCAUAGCAAAUGCUAUUCCUUCCCCUUUCCCCUGUCUUUGAAACGGGCUCUCUCUAAAGGCUAUAACUUGCUUGUGCUAAUUAGAUUGGUCGUCAUUAUUAAGGGGAAAAAAUCUGGUUUUGUUUUAAUAUCUGCAGAUGAUCUUUUUUUUUAUUGUACAGCUUGCAGGGGUCAAUGGAUAAUGCCAAAAAAAACACACAAAAAAAAGAAUAAGCACAACAGGUCUGUCUUUCUUCCUUUCUCUCUCAGCUUCAUCAUUAUUAUUUUUUACGUUAAAACAGCCAGAACUCUUCUUUUUAUAUAUAUAUUUUUAAUGUCUGUCAUAAUAUGUUUUUUAAAAAGCAAAACAAAAAAAAUAACUAUGCCUGUCUCACUAGCUUGUCUUAAUUUUGGGGUAUAUGUGUGGCUUGUGGGUUUUUCUUUUAAUUGUACCAUCUUUUUAACACCGAGGUAGUAAGUGAACUUUGAAAGACCUAUGUAGCAUAUAGUGAGCUAGGCUGGAAAGGAAGGAGGGGGAGAGUUCCUAUUUACCUCACUUCUUAAUGCAGAGAUGCAGGCAGUGUCUCUGUGGUUAAGGGUUUUGUCAGGUGUUCUCCUCUAUUUUCAGGGGGUUUACAAGUUGCCCAGGGAAAGCAGGAGAGAGAGAAAAAGCCUCUCUAGUGUUUGGAAUGAGUUUCAUUCAUCUCCCUCCCCCCCUUUAAUUUGUGAAGAUUUUGGGUGGGGGAUGGAAAGCAAGUGGGGGCAAUCUGUCGUCAAAAGAGAGCAUCAACAGUUAGCGGUCGGUGGCUUUGGAAGUUGCUGAGAGUUCCUCAAUUAAUUAAUAGCAAUAGUGUUUGGCUUUUAACCUGGAAUAUUGCAGGCUGAUAGUUUUUGGUUGUUGUUGUUGUUUUUUAAAAAAUAGUGCCUUUUUAAAAGAUACUUCCUUCCCUGUGCGUGGUGGGUGGGGUAUCUCGUCAACACCCUGCUUGAGACAAAAGGUGUUGAUUUUUGGAGCUGUGGCUUUAGCAUCUCUUGUUAUUAUGGGAAUUGCCGGAUGCCAGAACCACACAUGGUAGGAAGACCUUCCUGGAAUAUUGUUGCAGGCCCAGAAUCAACCUCCCUGCGUGGUGCUUUCCGGGUGUAGUUCUGAACCACAAGUCUCCAUGAGCUGGACAAGUAUUCUGAAAUAAAAAUGCCAUUUCCCCACCCACCCAUCAUGUAAAAAACUUUUUCUAGCAGAAGUGUCCCUCAGAAUAAAACUUUGCAACUGUAAUCCCCAUAGAUACCCAAUGCUGCAGACGUCAGAUCUUCAGCAGGCUGGGUUCCCAGUAAGUGGCCAUUAAAAGUUGCUUUUGACUGACAGUUUGAGUGUCGAACCAGGGUGGGCUAACGUGAGCCCCUCCAUGCGCUGUCAGAUUAGCAACUUCCUUCAGCCUUCACAAGCCUGAUGGGAGUUGGAGUCCAAGACGUUUGGAGAGGCACCAAGUUGGCAGUUGCCAAUCUAAAGAGCCACAGUUUAGCUGCUGUAAACCAAACAUCAGAAUAGAUUGGUUGUUGGGAGUCAAAGGCUUUAAUCCAAUUGCUAAAGUCGCAGCACGUCUGUUGCCAUUCUAGACGAAAGUAAAAAAAGAAAAGCCCAAAGUUGCAAAACACUACCAUUAAUACAACAAUGCCAAUUAUAUUGCCUCAGAGAGCAAAAACAAAUAAAUAAAUUGGAUUGCUGUAACUACUAUACAAACCAGCAAAGCUUGCUGACUUAAAUAAUAAUUACGGGCCACCUUAAACCUUAAACGAGCCCUUAAACCUUGUUCAAGACAAGGUUUCAAGGGAAUUCCUCUCUUGCAAGUACUGGCAUAGCCUCAUUAUCUUCUGUGGGAUUACUCCAGUGUAGGCUGAGCUAGAAGCUUGAUACCUAGUAUACUUGCUUCUUAAUCGGUGGGGGUGGGGUGGACACUUGUAUUUCAAGAUUAUAACAAACGGGAGCUUUGAAAAAUGGCAACUCCCAAGUGCAGUCCUGAAGCAGUUGAGGCCAGAGUUCUUUCGGCUCAUUUUCUCCUGCAUGUUCCUCCUUGGUUCUUGCUUGCAAAUGAUCUUUCAGAGGAAGGAAAAGGCUCCUCCGUGUUGAACCCCUUCCACCAAUUUGACAUCACUCUCUUUUAUCAACAGUUGUUGUUCCUGAGCAUUUCAACCCCCCAUUUAUUCCGCCUCCCAUGCUUUAGGCCAGGUACCACCAUGGAUGGGUUAUUGGUUUUGUUAAAAAAAUAGUCUUCUUUCCUCUUCCCCCUCUCCUCGCCCUCAAUCCAGUCUAAAUCAUGUUGGCUGCAUUCUGGGAUACGCCCAAUUAAUUGCAUGUUGGAAAGAAGCGAGUUGCUUUUAUUUGUGUGUGUAUUUGUGACUGAGGGUUGUUUAGGCUUGCCAGGUCUUUCCAAGUUCGCACAACGAAAGGUUUAGUUGAAAUGCUCUCCCCCCCCCUUUCUUUCCCAAGUGAAGACAACGGGAAGUUUUUGCCUCAAAUCUUUUAGAAGAAUCUAGAUCGCUUCUGUCUGUCGGGAUAGUCUCUGAGCUGGUUGUUGCUACCCAAUUUCCUUAGCACACAGGGCUUGACUGUGUUGCAUAUGAGCCAUGCUUCCAUAUCUCUGCUAUUUGCAAUUCUUAGGACCUUGGAAGCAAAGAAAAAUGGUACCUUAGGAAUACUCCCUUUUCCACUGGGAAUAUGCUAACUUUUAAUGAGCGAAUGUUAACAGUGGCCCUCAGUUGGUUGUGUAAGUGUAACCAAGGUUGAUGUCUGGACAAACCCGGAAGAUAUUUUCAAUUUCUGCUCCUUGAAUUUUUAGAAGGUUCUUUUUAAAAAUAAAACUGAAACUAAAACCUUGGGAAAUCUGGAAUUCUCUUGAGGUUUCUGCUCUUGAGCAGAGACCUUUUGAAGAAAAACCUUUGGGAGUCAGAGGUAAAAAGAACCACAUGAUAGGUACUAAUUUAAAGAUUGUGCGCGUACAAAAAUCAUGGGAGCUGUAGUUUCUUAAGUGCUCUGGAACUUGGAGCUCUUUGAGAGGCAGACUACAGUCCCCAGGAUUCUUUGGAGAAAGCCACGUGCUUUAAAUAUAUAGCGUAUACAAAGCUAGAUCCUCUAGCCUGCUAAAAAGGGGAGACAGAAUUGGAAGUGUCUGUGGGGUUUUUCUGGGGUUUUUUAACAAUUGCCUUUGAAAUGGGUUUAAUUUUCUGUGCCAGGUUCAUGUGCAAAGGCUACCAUGUGCCUCUGUUGAUUUAUGUUGAAGUAUCCCCCCUUUUAAAGCUCCUGGUGAUUUUCUGGGGGCUGGGGGGGGCUGGCAUUUUAAAAGCAAGGUGUUGAUUUCUGAAAGAGUAUUCUAUUUUAGUAAUAGUGCUCACAUUAUAUACUAGGCCACAUUUUUCAUGUACAGCACUGUAGGGGAUCCCACUCCUGUGCAUGAGAAAGAGAAGGGAGUUCUCAACUCUGUUUUCCCCCACCACACUAGGUAAUAAACUCACUCGAAACAGAUUGAGUCUUCCUUUCUCUCCCCAAACAACCACACUGCAAAACAAACCUGAUAUUUCAAUAUUAUAAAUCUGCCUUCUCCCUGCCUCUUGAGCAACUUUCUCCAUGGGAGUGUACUUCAGCGUUUAAGAAAUGGAUUAUUAUUUUGUUGUUAUUGUUCCAGAAAGCCCUCGAAACAAAGCCGUUUUAAAAGAAUGAAUGAGUCUUGGGAGAAUCCUCACAGUUUCCAUCCUCUUCCAGUUUUUUUUAAUUUGUGUCUUUCCCCUACCCUUGCAGAUUCGGGUUUCAUUUUUAAAUCAGAUUGGCAUGGUUAGGACGAAAGGAAUAGCAGAGGCUUUUUUAAAUGGACUUGACCACCCAGCCCGAUAGUCAAGUUGUCAUGGAAGGACACUCCCCUCCCAGCUCCCUUGCUCCACUUCAACACAACACAGCAAAUCUGGCUAACCAUUGACUUAUCUGUCCCGUGGGAUUCUCCAGCCGCUUAACAGCAGAUCAAGUACCGUUUGCCUUACAGGCAACUGAAGCUGGUCUUGCUUGUAGAGAGGCCAGUUAUUUGAGGCUUGGGAAGCUGUCACUGGCCUAUAAGCAUCAGACACAAUCCACUCAAAAGCUACAUGCUCCCAAGUCCCAUUGAGAUUUAGGUGGGAGAGAUUUGUAGACAUGUUUUUAAGUCCCAUCAGUUUUCUACAAGAACGCUGAAUACUUGCUUUAGUCCAGGCAUCCCCAACCUUUGGCCCUCCAGAUGUUUUGGGACUACAAUUCCCAUCAUCCCUGACCACUGGUCCUGUUAGCUAGGGAUCGUGGGAGUUGUAAGCCAAAACAUCUGGAGGGCCUCAGGUUGGGGGUGCCUGCUUUAGUCUUUCCUGCUGAAAUUACAGGGACUUGUGAAAUGGGCCGAACCUUCGCCGCCUUCUGUAACCCCAUAACACGGUGAGAUGCUGCUCUCUGAUGCUGGCUUAAUGAAGUUGCUGUUGCAUUGUUGCUUCUAGCAGUGCAGGAGAAGGAGGUGGGGGAAGAGGGUCUGUUUCUCUCCAUCCUUUUAGCCAUGUGUCAAGCCUAAAACCCACUUCUGAAGAUGUUGGCUAAAGUUAACCAAUGAACAGCUGGUACUGCUUGAUAGCAACAGUUGCUCUUUGGAAAUUCCUCCAUCUAGUUGCCUCGGCAGAUGUUUUACACUAUUAAUAACUUACGUUACGUAAUGAGGGCCUUCCUUCUCUCCCUUCCAUCCCACCUACCACCUUUAAGAAAGAUAGCAAUAUUGAUAGAAGGCGGCUUGUUCUUAUGGUUGUAAGGAAAGGCAAAACUGCCCCAAAAUAGGAUUAAAGAUGCAGCACACACGCACACCCCAGUGGAGCCACUUGGCCACAUGCGUGGUGGAAAACCCAUUUCUCCGUACAGCUCCUCAUUGGAUCCACACGGUGCCAUUUUGUUCUGGAAUUUACCAUUUGGUUGGGUUUGGAGGAGCCUGAUAAUGUUCCUUCACCUCCUAACCCUUGCUGGAUCAAAGUGCUAUUACUGUGAUUUGAAAUAUCUCUCCUCCUUUGGAAUUUAUUUUUCUUCUUAAUUCAGUUGCUUUUUUGUGUCUUUGACACAGGUUUAGCCUGUUGCACAUUUUCACCUUUUGGCCUUUUGGGGGGAAAUUCCUUUGCUAGGUGUGUUUUUUUGUUGAUGUUGUGUUGAGAAGGUGGGGAGGGAAGGAAGGAAGAAAAAAUUUCCAUGUAGCAAGAGAAAGCUUGUGCAAUUCCUUUCCGGCAGAGCUCUGGCGGUGUUUGCCCACCCCUCCUUCCCCAAACUCAGGUAUGUUUUAGGCAGUGAAACCGGCUUCUUCCCUGUCCCGUGAGAAAUAUAUCGCCGUUUGCUUUCCAAGUUCUCAUUAGCAAAUACUUUCAUUGCAAUCCUAAGCAACUUAUAGCUUGGAGAGGCCUUAGGAAGUUGUUUUUCCAAGUGCAUAUUUUGUUUUGUUUCAAAAACUCUAAAAUAAAAAAAUAAAGAUGGGGAAAAUAUAUAUACUAUAUAAAUAUAUAGAGAUAUCUAGAAACUUGGUGUUUGGCACACAGGUUUUUUUCAGUGUUGGAUCACUUUUAACUGUCACAGGUACCAUACGUGUAACUCUUAAAUCUUCCAUCUGCUUUCCUUUCUGUGUAUAUUCCUUUAUAGGAAGCUAUGUUGCCAUGAUUUUUUUUAAAUAAUAAUAUUUAAACAGAAAAGAGAGAGAUAAUUUUUUUAGCGUUAACUCCUUGGAGGUAAACAAACUUUUACAUUUCCCCCCCCCUUGAUUAUUAACGAGUUCAGUACUAAUAUAUGUGUUGUGGGGUUUUUUUUACUGAUUCAGUGGAAGUUAACAAGGGAUUAAAAAUACAUGUAUAUACAUAUAUAUAUGUAUACAUAUAUCACUGUACAUUGGAAACAAAAGCUACUAAAAUUGGAGCAAGCGCACCUCCUGGCGGCUCUGAAUCUGAACCCCUCUUCCCUCUCUCUCUUUUUGUGCCACGGUUAUUUAUAUGAAAGCAUCUUGAUCACUUUCGGACGCUCAUCCUCCUCCACUCUUGUGCCACCCUUUCCCAUGUUUCUCUCCCCCCCCCCUUUUUCUUUUUUGUAUUCCAACAUUCGCACCAAGACUGCAGUGCCCGACUUUUAUUCUUUGUAACCAUCAAAACCCAUACUGAGUAUGUUUGUAACCAACAUUGUGAUAAUUCUGUAAUUGUAUUGCUAAAAAAUGGAUAAUUGACCUAAUAAAUAUAGUGUUCCUGCGUU